AGGUUUCAAUGACUAGGAAGUGUAGAGGGAGGGUCGCGCAUGCAUCUUUUGGUUUUGACUCAAUGGCGGGCAACCAUGCGGGAACGUUGCGAUCCCUGCAGGCAGUGGACACUGAGCUUACUGCGGACUCGGUGGAAUGGUGCCCAGUAGAGGGUUGCCAGCAUCUGCUGGCUUGCGGAACCUACCAACUGCGAGCUCCGAAGGACCAGCCUGCACUGGAUGGCAGUGAGCCUCAAGUUCGUUUAGGUCGUCUCUACCUGUUCAGCUUCAGUGAGGACAACACGACUAAACCUCUGCGUGAGGUCCAAAGAAGGGAUUCUUCUGCUGUCCUGGACAUGAAAUGGUGCCAUAUCCCAGUGUCUGGCCAUGCACUUUUAGGCUUGGCAAAUGCUGGUGGAUCUGUGGAGCUGCUGCGCCUGCUGGAAUGUGAGGGAGCACCUUUAAGGGCUGGAGGCUGGCUUACACAAGGGUGUCCCUUUUCUCUUCAGUAGAAGAACACUUAUACCCUGCAGCCAAUAUCCAGCCUUACCCUGGAUGACAGCUGUCUGUCCUUGUCACUGGAUUGGUCCACUGGGAAAUCUGUAAGGGCCAGAGAGCAGCCCUUGAAGAUCAUUAGCAGUGAUUCUAAGGGGCAACUGCACCUCCUGAUGGUGAGAGAGGGCACAGCUGAACCACAGCUGGUGGCAUCUUGGCCAGCCCAUCACUUUGAGGCCUGGAUUGCUGCUUUCAAUUACUGGCAGACGGAACUCGUGUAUUCAGGGGGAGAUGACUGCCUUCUGAGAGGCUGGGACACUAGGAUGCUGGGCACACCUGUCUUCACUAGCAAAAGACACUCUAUGGGUGUGUGCAGCAUCCAGAGCAGCCCCCAUCAGGAGCAUAUACUGGCUACUGGAAGCUAUGAUGAGCAUGUUCUCUUGUGGGACACUCGGAACAUAAGACAGCCGUUGGCAGAUGUACCAGUGCAAGGAGGCGUAUGGAGACUCAGGUGGCACCCAGUCUACCACCAUCUACUCCUGGCAGCCUGUAUGCACAAUGGCUUCAAGAUUCUCAACUGCCAGAAGGCCAUUGAGGAGAAGCAGGAUAUAACGGUUUUAACAUCCCACAAAAUGCCUAACUCAUUAGUAUAUGGGGCUGACUGGUCCUGGCUUUUCCAUUCCCUGAAGCCCACACCUACCUGGUCCUUUGAUCAAAAUGACCUGGGAGCCAAAGCAGGAGGCCACUAUAGCCUGAAGGUUGCAGAGGAGCUACCAGCACAUGCUCAUGAACAAAUAGUGGAUCACCAAGUGGAAGGCCCUGCUAGAGCUCCUGGCAGAGCUGAAUUGAAGGCUUCUCUCCUUCCAUUAACAGAGGACACAAAACACAACAGCAAAGGAUACUCUUCAUCCUCAGUCAAGACGCAUGACCUUAGCCACUGCUCUAGUGGAUGGCACUUUGACAGUAGCCUCCUGGCCACCUGCUCCUUUUAUGACCAUGUUCUCCACCUUUGGAAGUGGGAGACAAAGCAAGCUUGAGGCUGCACUCUUUGCAGCGGUACUGGAUGUGAUUUGGGGAGUGCCGGCCAUUGAGAAUGGACUCUGGGAUUCUGUUUUGGCAGUGAGUGGGAUUUUCCAGCACUACAACUAAGUGUCUUGGGUAUAUUUUGACUUUCAGCUCUUCAUUUGUAUCUUUAAGUCCCUGUUUAUAUUAUUAAAUAACUUGGUUUUUUUAAUUUUUAAAAAGUUGUAGGCUGGAGGGAUGGGUCAGUGGUUAAGAGCACUGACUGCUCUUCCAGAGGUCCUGAGUUCAAUUCCCAGCAACCACAUGGUGGUUCACAACCAUCUGUAAUGGGAUCUGAUGCCCUCUUCUGGUGUGUCUGAAGACAGCUACAAGCGAACUCAUAUAAGUGAAAUAAAUAAAUCUUU